UAGUCUUUUAUAUCUCCUUUUCCUAGUCUACCCGCGAAACACAUUUCUCUUUCAAUUCUUCAAAAAAACAAAAAAGAAAAAAUAAAAAUAAAAACACUCUCUGUUCGUAUUUUCUUCUUUCUUUCUCUCUCUCUCUCUAAGAAAAAAUGGAGGCGGUCCGCCUCACCGGUCCUCUCCAUUCACAUCUCCUCCGGCCGAAACAGCCGGAUUUCACGUCCUUGAACCUGAGUGGGACCCACAACAAGAAGAAUAUCCACCCUUUCAAGCCCUUCAUCGCCGCCACGGUUUCCAAGCCGGCGGCCGAGAUUUCUUCAAAGCGCCCUUCAUUUUCAUCCUCCUCCUCCUCCUCCUCCUCCGCCGCCGCCGUCACUAUCCGCCAAAACGACGCGUCGGAGAGCUCUUUGGCUCCUCCGCCUCCCAGGCUGGUUGUUUCACCCGAUUCCCUCAAGUAUCCGUCCGGUUACCUUGGGGCCGUACCGGACCGAACGGUUGCUGAUGGGAGCAAUGGCAUUAUCGAUGCCAUGGGUUACUUGACCAACAUACUUGCUUCCAAGGCCUACGAUGUCGCCAUUGAAUCGCCCCUUCAGUUUGCCCCCAAACUCUCUGAGAAGUUGGGCGUCAAGGUCUGGCUCAAGAGGGAAGAUUUGCAACCUGUUUUCUCAUUUAAGCUCCGUGGAGCUUAUAAUAUGAUGGCCAAACUUCCGAAGGAAAAAUUGGACCGAGGGGUUGUAUGCUCUUCAGCUGGAAACCAUGCUCAAGGAGUUGCAUUGGCUGCCAAGAGAUUAAACUGUGAUGCAGUGAUAGUUAUGCCUGUCACUACACCAGAAAUUAAGUGGCAAUCGGUGGAGAGAUUGGGUGCAACAGUUGUUCUUGUAGGAGAUUCUUAUGAUGAGGCACAAGCUUAUGCUAAAAAGAGGUGCGAAGAGGAGGAUCGUACAUUCAUACCUCCCUUUGAUCAUCCCGAUGUCAUUGCUGGCCAGGGAACGGUUGGGAUGGAAAUCGUACGCCAAAUCCAAAGUCCAUUGCAUGCCAUCUUCGUGCCUGUUGGUGGUGGUGGGCUAAUAGCUGGUGUUGCUGCAUAUGUAAAGAGGGUCUCCCCUCAGGUAAAGAUUAUUGGGGUGGAACCCUCCGAUGCAAAUGCAAUGGCGCUGUCAUUACAUCAUGGUGAGAGAGUGUUAUUAGAUAAGGUUGGAGGAUUUGCAGAUGGUGUAGCUGUUAAAGAGGUUGGGGAAGAAACCUUCCACAUAUGUAAAGAAUUGAUAGAUGGUGUAGUUCUUGUAAGCCGUGAUGCUAUCUGUGCCUCAAUAAAGAACAUGUAUGAGGAGAAGAGGAACAUUUUGGAACCAGCAGGUGCUCUUGCCCUUGCUGGAGCUGAAGCAUACUGUAAAUAUUAUGGCCUCAAAGGUGAAAAUGUUGUAGCAAUAACCAGUGGAGCAAAUAUGAAUUUUGAUAAACUGAGGAUAGUAACUGAACUGGCUAAUGUUGGUCGGAAACAAGAGGCGGUGCUUGCAACUGUUCUACCAGAGGAGCCUGGGAGCUUCAAAAGUUUUUGUGAGUUGGUGGGGCCUAUGAAUAUUACUGAAUUUAAAUAUAGAUACAACUCUGAUAAGGGGGCUGUUGUACUGUACAGUGUUGGUGUGCACACAGCUUCUGAACUCGAGGCAAUGCAAGAGCGAAUGGAGUAUUCUCAACUUAAAACUUAUAAUCUGACAGAAAGUGACUUGGUUAAAGAUCAUUUACGUUACUUGAUGGGAGGGAGAACAGAUGUUCAAAAUGAGGUUCUCUGUCGCUUUGUUUUUCCUGAGAGGCCUGGAGCUCUGAUGAAGUUCUUGGAUGUAUUCAGUCCUCGUUGGAAUAUUAGUUUGUUCCACUAUCGUGGACAGGGUGAAACUGGUGCAAAUGUUUUGGUUGGAAUCCAGGUUCCAAGCAUGGAGAUGGAAGAGUUCCAUGUCCGUGCCAAAGGUCUUGGUUACGAUUUUGUUGUAGUAAACCAGGACACUGAUUUCAGGCUUUUGAUGCAUUGAUUUGGGCAUCUCUGUUUUUGGCCAAGCAGAUAUAUCUGAUUAUGGUUGGGAUUUACUUUCCAAAGGGAGUCAUGCAAGGGAAGCAAAGGCAUUUCAAACCUUAUCAUCGGUAGAGAGAAACGAGUCGUGGGUGUUUUUCUCCUAGUCUUUUAGUUUCGUUUAUUUUUUAUUUGAUUCUCCUCCAUGUUUUGUUAGAUAUAAUUAGUUUGGCAUUUCAAUUAAACUAGAAGGGGCUCUCUUGACUAGUUCUCCUUAUGUUGGACUGGUUUGGUAAUCUUCUGUAAUAUAUUUCUCUUUUUUUGGUAAUAGUAAUCCACUGUAAUAUAUAUCGAAUUUACCCAAGUGAAAUUAAUAAACGCAUAUUUAUCAGUUUAAA